GGUCGUUGUAAAUUUAUUUGAAAAAAUACAAGAUUGAAUAAUUUCUAGUUAGAUUUGGUUAAAAAUAGAGUGCAUUGUGUCACUAUUGCAGUGAAACAUAUAUAAGAGCUGUUCGGACUAUAUUUGAUUAUGUUCUCACGGACGUUUGCAUCAAAUGUUGGGAAUAAACAACAAAAUAUAAGGAGUAUCAGUACCAGCAUGCAGACCAAGUUUUACGAGGGACAAAGUGUAGAACGCUAUAUGGAUGGAGCCGCAUCUGGGAGAACAGAAGAACUGAGUCUUCUGUUAAAAGGUGGAGUUAACAUUGACAUGAAGAAUGAAAAAGGGUGGACUGCUCUUAUGUUUGCUGCUAGGAAUGGUCAGAUUCCUACUAUUAAACUUCUUAUGGAGAAUGGUUGUGAUGUCAAUCUAAUGAAUGCAACUGGUCAGACUGCUGUUGACAUAGCAACCUUCUGGAAUCACAAAGAGGCUGCUGACCUUAUUACAAAACAAUUGAAGGACUCCAGAGUUGAAGACAAUAAACAAUUUGUCAAUUACUUUGGACACAGUACAUUGGACCGUGCUGCUGAAAAACGCAAAAACACUAAAUGGUUAAAAAACACAAUGGAAAAUGAGAACACUACCUUUAUAUGUUUCCAUGGCAACAGUGCGCUUGUUGUACCAAACACAGAUACAUCAUUACCAAAAAGUGUCAAAUUUUGUCUUUACCAUGUGCAGUAUUCAAACAUUGCUAAACACCUUAACACUGAUCCACUCGUGAUCUUCCUGGGUCAUGAGUACAACAAUGAAGAAAAAGCCUGGUUUGCAGUAGAUAUAUCAAGUAUCUCUAAGAGUGUAUAUACUAGCUGGGACAAAGAUCUAGAGCUUCUAGCAGCCUAUCCUGGUGGUAUGAUGCUUAGGAAAGAAGAUGCUUCAUUGUUGGCGCAAGCCAGAGCACUUUUUGCUUGGCAUGAGAGGUAUCAGUUCUGUGCCACGUGUGGUAGCCCAACAGUGGUAGAGGAAUGUGGUUACAAGAGAAGAUGUCAGGAUAAAGAAUGCAAGAGCCAGAAAGGUGUUCACAAUACAAGCUACCCCAGAGUGGAUCCAGUAGUCAUAAUGCUAGUUGAGUCACAAGAUGGCAAAAGUUGUUUACUUGGGAGGCAAAAAAGAUUUCCACAUGGGAUGUGGUCAUGUUUGGCUGGCUUUGUAGAGCCAGGGGAAACCAUAGAAGAUGCCUGCCGGAGGGAAGUCUUCGAGGAAAGUGGCAUAAAAGUGGGCUAUGUGGAGUACCACUCAUGCCAGCCCUGGCCAAAUCCUAGCCAGCUCAUGAUUGGUUGUUUAGGACGAGCCACCUCAAGCAAGAUUCAGGUAUCAAGUAUUCUACAGACAAUUGUAAAACAGGUGGAUUAUGAAGAGUUAGAAGAUGCCCAAUGGUUCUCCAGGGAAACAAUACUACAGAUGUUGGCACGGCAACACAAAGAGAAGCUGUUUGUUCCUCCAGAACAAGCAAUUGCACACACUCUCAUAAAACAUUGGGUAAAAAUGACUAAUGCUAAUCUAUGAUCCUUGAUGAUCAAAGUGGUCGUAAUAUGGAAUUCUUAUUCCUUGUCCUACUAGUCAGAUACGUUCACUGAGGUCACAUUAGUUAGCACAUUGGACAUAGCAGAUUGUAGUCAUCAAAUAAAAUGCUUGGUUACAUACAUUUCUGAAACAUUGAAAAUCCUACCUGUAAAUCCAUUGUUGAAACAAUCAAAUAAGGCAUCAUGGAAGGAGAACAAUAUAGUUUGGAUUUCACAAAUGCUGGUAAUGUUUCCCAGAUCAUUAUUCAUUUGAUAUUGAAUCAAAAUGAAGACUUGGAACAGCUAGGUGUGACCCCUGUGAAAUUGUCUUUUGACACGGUAACUUGCUCCAAACAACUACAUUUUGAUAAUCAUACACUCUGUACAGUAUAGUUAGUACUUUACCUAAAGCGCACAAUGCAACACAACAUUGCAUAGUAUCCAAAUUAUACAAUUUAAUAUACUGUUAUUUCUGUAAUUAAUAUUAUAUUUUAUAAAUUCUCUUAAUGAAGACCAUAAAUUAAGUGCAGUAUUAAUGUGUUAAAUGUACUACAUGUUAUAUGAAUACUAGUACAUAUAUAGUUUUACCAGAUGAAAAAUACUGAUUAAAUAAAUACAACAAUGAU